AUGUCUACUCACUGUAUUACCCACACCAAGAAUGCAACUCAGCAUCCUGGUCUUGCAGACAUGGUCCCAAAGAAGAAAUGUUGUAUGGCUGCAGAAGUAGCUGCUGAGCGUCAGGCUAAGUUAGAUGCCAAAGAAGAAAAGAAACAUGCCAAGGCUGCUGGGAUCAAAUGUGUCGCUGAAUAUGAGAAGAAACAAGCAGACAAGGAUGCAUCAACCAAUACUAUCCUGCAGGCUGCAGCCUUACCAAAGUCAAAGCCCUGUCCAAGGCCCAUUCCAAAGAAGAUUCGUGCAAAACCCUCUCCACCUCCUGAAGAUGAUGGAUUCAUUUCUGAUGUUGAGAUGGACGAUGCUGUCAUUGACACCAGCGCCUUCAACUCAGAUCCAUCCCAAGCCUCAGAAACUGACACCCACAUGGAUGGCUCAGAGCUGAGUGAAACUUAUACUUUGCCACCAAAAAAGAAGGCGAGGGUUGACAAACGGGAGGGCAGAAAAACACUUCUUGGUCCCACACCAAGUGGCACCCCUCAUAGGAUCACGAAAAGUUUCCUAUCAACAUGGUGCCCAACGGCGUCAGAAGCUAAACCCAAAACCCUAUCAAAAGAAUCUAAGUCCCCAUUAUUAUCGUUUAAAACUAAAAAUACUAGAAAAUGGCCACUGGAAAACUGCACAGCAUGA